AUGGGUAGUGUCUGCUCCUGUCGAGGUCGUGAUAGCCAGGUCAACGCUGGCUCGAUCCUCGAUCGUGUGAUCAGUCAGGCGAGCGACGAGGAUCAAUGCCUGCUCUACCGAUUGGCCAAUUACAAGAAGGGCGGCGAAUUGAUAGAGUCGUACAAUCAUGGCGGCCAGCUGGAGGUCGAGAAGCUGAUCAGAGAACAAUUUGGGAUCUUGAUGUACGGGGAUGGUAAGGGCCAGGUGAUCAACCGUGCUGAAUACCUGCGCUGGAAAUUCCGGGAUCUUGAGCAGGUUGUGCUCCCGAUAGAGGCAUCCCUGUCAAGGUUCGAUCCUUUGGCCCAAUGGAACGAUCACGAGGCGUGCUGGGAGAUGCAGUAUAGGGGCUCCCUAGGCGAGACCCUCCUCCAUGUUCUGAUUAUAUGCGACACAAGGAUGCACACAAGGAUUGCGCGUAUUCUCCUCAAGUGCUUUCCACGAUUGGCGAUCGACGUUGUCGAGGGCGAGGAAUACCUUGGCGCCAGUGCUCUUCAUCUAGCGAUCGCGUACAACAAUAACGAGCUGGUGCAAGAUCUCGUCGAGGCCGGGGCGAUAAUCUCGCAGCGAGCGAUCGGUAGCUUUUUCCUUCCCAGGGAUCAACAGAGAAUGAAUCCGUCGAGGAACACGGAUUACGAGGGAUUAGCGUACUUGGGGGAGUAUCCUCUAGCGUGGGCGGCUUGUUGCGCGAACGAAAGUGUUUACAAUUUAUUGCUCGACUCAGGCGCGAAUCCGGACGAGCAGGAUACUUUUGGGAACAUGAUACUUCACAUGGUGGUGGUUUGCGAUAAAUUGGACAUGUUCGGGUACGCUCUUCGUCAUCCGAAGCUUCCUGCUCGCAACGGGAUCGCGAACGCCGCGGGACUGACCCCAUUGACGCUCGCUUGCCAGCUGGGUCGUGCCGAGGUCUUUCGGGAGAUGCUGGAGCUGUCUGCACGAGAAUUCUGGCGCUACAGUAAUAUCACCUGCUCGGCGUACCCCCUCAAUGCACUCGACACGCUGUUACCCGACGGCAGAACAAACUGGAACUCCGCGCUAUUUAUCAUUCUCAACGGUACGAAGGAGGAGCACUUGGACAUGCUGGACGGUGGUAUUAUUCAGCGAUUACUUGAGGAAAAAUGGAAGACCUUCGCGCGGUUGCAGUUUUUAAAACGAUUGAUCAUCUUGGUAUUUCACCUGACAUCAUUAUCGCUAGCGGUGUACCUGAGGCCCUCCGAUAUGGCCACUAUAGUCCUAAAGUGGCCGGAAGAAAUAACGGAAGCUGCUCGUACGAUAUCGGAGUGUGUCACCAUCAUAGGCGUUUUGGGCUACAUUCUGGUACAACUUGGCGGCGAAAUCAUCAACAUCGGUCUGCUGUCGUUCCUGAAACAGUUGAGUCACGAACCCGCCAAGCUCAUAUUUGUGAUCAGUAACCUGCUCAUACUCUCGUGCAUUCCGUGCCGUCUUGCUGGUAACAGAGACGCGGAGGAUGCGAUUCUGGUGGUGGCUGUCCCCGGCUCGUGGUUCCUACUUAUGUUCUUCGCUGGCGCUAUCCGGCUGACCGGUCCAUUCAUAACCAUGGUCUACAGCAUGAUAACCGGGGACAUGUUGACCUUCGGGAUAAUUUACAUGGUGGUGCUGUUCGGUUUUUGCCAGUCGUUCUACUUUCUGUACAAAGGCUUCCCGGGAGUGAAAUCAUCCCUCUAUAAUUCCUAUCACUCGACCUGGAUGGCACUGUUUCAGAUAACCCUAGGCGAUUAUAACUACACGGAUCUGAGCUACACGACCUACCCGAAUUUGGCCAAGACGGUGUUUGCGAUAUUCAUGGUCCUGGUGCCUAUAUUGCUGUUGAACAUGUUGAUCGCGAUGAUGGGUAACACGUACGCGCACGUCAUCGAGCAGAGCGAGAAGGAGUGGGUGAAACAAUGGGCGAAAAUUGUUGUCUCUCUGGAGCGUGCAGUGUCGCAGAAAGAUGCACAGAACUAUUUACAAGAGUACAGUAUCAAACUGGGACCUGGAGAUGACCCGAACAAUCCCGCCUCCGAGCAACGCGGAGUUCUAGUUAUUAAAUGUAAAUCAAAGACCAAAGCGAAACAACGGAAGGGCGCCGUGGCCAAUUGGAAGCGUGUUGGUAAAGUUACAAUAGCUGAAUUGAGGAAACGCGGCAUGACUGGCGAAGAAUUGCGACGGAUAAUGUGGGGACGAGCAUCAUUUUCCACGCCUGUUAGAAUAAGCCCAAGUGUAGAGCAGCCACAGGUAUCGGCAGUGACCGCUGGUUUCGGGGACGCUUUGACUACUGCCUUGGAUAUGAUGGCGUUCGCCCAUGAUAUCGACUUAACCACUGCCACGGAAGGAAUUCCAACCAAUACAGAUGCAAAACAGUUAAAAGCUAAGGUUCUCAAUGACGAGCACACGAAUGCAACGUCGAACAAUCAGGCAAACGUGUCGACGAACGUUCCGAGCAUUAGCGAACCCCUUGUUGUUGUUACGGAUGAGAAGCAAAAUGAUCGAAGUGAUUUAAACAAGAAGCCGCCUCAGCCUGUCGACAUUCAGAAAAUGAAUCUGAAGAAUGCAAGUCAUCCAACCGCCGAGGAUGUCCAGGAUCCGUUAUUGGAUCUUGUGAUUGCCUCUGAAAAUACGACUGAUCAUGAAAUCCUGUUGAAAAUGGCCCAGUGCGCCGCGGCCAGUUCCGAGGUGUCAGUGGAGCCGAAAAUAAAUUUGCAAAUUUUGGAACAGUUCACCAUGAUCAAGAUACCCGUGGAGGAAGUUCCUGUCGUUAAAAAGCAAUAUUUCGUUGAGUCGAGCGACAAUGAUUUCGGCGGCAACAACCUGCUCGGGACCGAGGCCCGUUUACGCAGAAUAAGAUCAGCGAACAGCAGAUUUAUCACUACACGAAGACGCCCAGGGCACGGCGACGGUGAUCUGUCAUCGUCGUCUUCCACAUCCGCCGACGGAAAUCCUCGAUACCAGCCGUUGCUCAACGAUCCUGAAGAGAAACCGACGAACCGUCAAAUUGACGGUCGGGACGGGUCCAUUGAAAUAAUUAAGUCAGAAGUAAAACCGAACGGGACAUGCAUUUCGUCGAAGAAUAAAGCACAGAAACGUCGUCCCAAAACGGCUAGAAACAGGGUAUCACCGAAGGAAACGGAGGUGCCUGGACCGAGGAGAAGGGAAUCGAUCGAGCGGAAUAAGGCGGUUUCGCCGCCGACAUCGCCCACGGAUCCGCUCGAGCCAUGGAGCACACGUGACAUUAAGGACAUGAACACGAUAUUGGCUUGGGAAGAAAACGUGCCGGACAGUCCUUAA